AUGAGACACUUUCUUUCAUUCUCUAUCUCUCUUUCGAUCUCUCUUUUCCUCUCUCUCUCUCUCUUUCUCUCUCACUCUUUCGCUCUCUUUCUCUCUCUUUCUCUCUCUGACUCUCUGUUUCUCUCUAUAUAUCUCUCUCUUCCGUUUUUUCUCUCUCUUUCUCUUUCUCUCUCUCCGUAUCCCUUUCUCUCUCUCUUUUUCUAUCGUUUUCUUUCUCCCUCUCUCUCUCUCUAUAUAUAUUCCUCUCUAUCUCUCUUUCUGUCCCACAGAGAUAGAGGAACGCCUCAGUCAUCAAAGACUGACUCUGACCUGACUCCUUUAAGCGCUAUGCUGUGCGAAGUAGGGAAAAAAGCCAGAGCUUCGCUGUUAGAAGCUCAAGAAUAUUUUCCCCCGACCCACAACGCUGAAAUAGGAUUUGACCUCCCAAAGCAGAUAACCCCAGACACUAAGAGGAAUGUGAGAGCAGAACAGUUAAGAUAUUACUUCUCUCUUUUUAUCGCUCCAACGAAGACUCCUCUCUAUAUAUAUAUCUCCUUAUCUCUAAUUGCGUUUCUGUCUCUCUCUUUCUGUGCUUCUUCCCUUCUGUCACUCUAUCAAUCUCUUGCUUUCUCUCUCAUAUUUCCUCUCUCUCUCUCUCUCUCUCUGUCUCAUUCUUUUUAUCCUUCGUUCUUUCUUUCUCUGUCGCAUUUCUCGUCAUCAUUCUGUUACUCUCUCUCAUUUUCUCUAUCGCCAUAUUGCUGUCUUCUCCCUCGUUCUCGCAUUUUCUCUUUUUCUUCAAGUACUCGUGACAUUUUAAUUUUCUCUUUCCACCUUAAAUUUCUUCCUUCUCACUCAUUCCCCUAUAUAUUUCUAUCUUAUUAUCUUUCUUUCUAUCUUAAACUUCUUUCUUCCUGUCUUUCUUUUUAUUAUGUCUCUCUUUUUAUUACUUCCUCUUCACACCCUCUCUACUUCAAAUCUUGCUUUUUUUACGGGCUCUCUUUCUCUCUAUAUAAACUUCCUCUUUCUUUCUCCUCUUUUUCUUACCCUCUUAACCUUCUUUCUUUCUUUUUUUCUUUUUCCACUCCUUCUCUACUUAUUCCUCUUCUCUUACUUUUGUUGCUUUUUCGGUCUAUCUUUUCUAUCUUUUUUAGCUAUCACUUUUUCUUUCUUUCUUUCUUUCUUUCUUUCUUUCUUUAUUUAUUUAUUUAUUUAUUUUUUAUUUUUUUAUAUUUUUUAUUUUUUAUAUUCUUUAUAUUUUUUUAUAUUUUUAAUUAUUUUCUUUCUUUAUUUAUUUUUCUCUUUGUCUCUUUCUUCUUAUUUAUUCUUCUCUUUCUCUUCACUCUAAUUUCUCAACUUUAUAACUUACUCUAUCUCUCUUUUGUUUCUCUAAUCUUUCCCCCUGUCUUACUCACCAUUCUUUCUUUCUUUCUUUCUUUCUUUCUUUCUUUCUUACUUUCUUUCUUCUCUUUCUUCUCAUUCUGUCUCUUUCCUCCUGUAGACUUGGCUAAGCUACGGCUACGCGUACAACAACUACGCGUACCACAACUACGCGUACAACAACUACGCGUACCACAACUACGCGUACCACAACUACGCGUACCACGACUACACGUACCACGGCUACGCGUACCACGACUACACGUACCACAACUACGCGUACCACGACUACACGUACCACAACUACGCGUACCACGACUACACGUACCACGACUACGCGUACCACGACUACCACAACUACGCGUACCACGGCUACGCGUACCACGACUACACGUACCACGACCACUACCACGCGUACCACGGCUACGCGUACCACGACUACGCGUACCACGACUACACAUACCACGGCUACUCAUAUCACGACUACACGUACCACGGCUACACGUACCACAACUACGCGUACCACGACUACACGUACCACGACUACACGUACCACAACUACGCGUACCACGACUACACGUACCACAACUACGCGUACCACGACUACACGUACCACGACUACGCGUACCACGACUACACGUACCACGGCUACGCGUACCACGACUACACGUACCACGGCUACGCGUACCACGACUACGCGUACCACGACUACACGUACCACGACUACGCGUACCACGGCUACUCAUACCACGACUACACGUACCACGGCUACGCGCAAACGCGGCUACGCGUACCACAGCCACAACGAUGACCACACGCCCGCUAAAGACAGCCGCCCGUACGAGGAGCAUGUACCCACCACUCCAUUCUCCCAGUCUCAGAUGCCCGCCUCUUCCUUCGAUCUUCCUUUCAAGUGUUGGAUCUUGUGUUCUCUCCAGAUUUCUCGUUUGCUUCCAAUUACGCCCGAUCAGGUAUAUUUUCUUUUCUUUUUUUUUUCUGGAAAAGAAACACAAACAAUUACCACCACCACAACAACUAUGA